CUCUCACUUAACAUCAGUCAGCAAUCGCGACUUCAGAUAAACAACACCAAAAGGUGACAAUGAACAAUCAUAAAAUAGGUCGCUCACAAAGUCUACCUGACUGGAAUGGCGACUUGGACGACAAAUUACAUUAUAGAUUGACCAUCAUGGGCGCCGCUGGGGUAGGCAAGAGUUGCAUAAUUUCCCAGUUCCUGUACGACCGCUUCAUCAGUGAGUACAAAGAAACCGUGGAGGAGUUUCACCGUGGAGAAUACACCGUGGACGGCCGGGAACUAAUUCUGGACAUUUUAGACACAGCAGGUGCACACUCAUUUCCGGCCAUGCGCAGACUGGCUAUUUCAACGAGUGAUGCUUUUGUAUUAGUAUAUUCGAUAGACGAUGAGUCCUCAUUUCAAGGAGUAAAAUAUUUAAGGGACAUUAUUUUAGCUGAACGAAAAGGUGAAACCAUGCCAAUAGUCGUUGUUGGGAACAAAUCGGACAUUUCAGAAGAAAAUAGAGUAAUUAUGAAAGAGACAGCCGAAUCCAUUGUUUGUUUUGACUGGGAAAAUAGCUAUGUGGAAGCUUCAGCAAAAGACGGUAUAAAUAUAACAGGGAUAUUCAAAGAAAUUCUCCGACAGACAAACUUGGGUUUCAGUAAAACACCACUUCCCAAACGACGGAGACUUGGGUCAACCUCAUCGGAAAAUUCAGACCAUUCAACGCGAAAGAGGAGAAGUUGUAUUAUAUCAUAAAAAACUUGCUGCCAAUUAUUUUUGUUGUACAUGUAUUAUUUUUUAUAAAUCAAGUUAUAUGAAAAUAAAAGGAAUCAUUAUUCAAA